AAGUCGCCAUCUUCUGGUCACGUGGACAAAACAACAGAAAAUGAGCCAAUCGGAAGCCAUGAAGGUAUCACUUGGUGUAGUUCUCAGGAGGCCGAUACGUGGCGAUAGAGUCCGUCGGCCAGCUCUGAUCUGGGAUCGGUUCACUCAUCUAUUAGCAAGAUCAAACCUUUGAAUUCUAGAUUUCAAAUCGGUUCAGACGACGUGGUGUGUUGCAUUCAGGUUGCAUUACUAAGGUCACUAAAUAAGGCGGCCCUAGGACCCGGGGACGGCUCUAGGACCCGGGAGAGACGGCCGCAGUGACGGUUACACCCCGGAAGUCUCUAGUAGGUCAACAACAGCACGCUGGUUCCGUACAUUAAAGGACAUCGGCCGGCUUCGGAGAGGACGAAGUCGAUAGAUACCUCAUUAAAGAUCCUCUUUAAUCAGCAUUCAAACGAAUACUAUUAAACGAUGCAACUACGGUAUACCUUUUGCAGAAAGAGCGUAUGAUUUGAACAAACUACUGUUCCGGUCCGUGACCAGCAGAUGGCGCAGCAGGCGGGCCGGCGGUACCUGCGGGCGUUCGUCGGCGGGUUCUUCGUGGCGGUCCCAGUCACCGUCACGGUUCUGGACCGCGUGGCUUACGUGGCCCGGGUGGAGGGCACCUCCAUGCAGCCCUUCCUGAACCCAGAGGGCGUGUCUGCGUGUGACGUCGUCUUGUUGAACCGCUGGCGCGUGCGAAACUACGAGGUACACCGCGGUGACAUCGUCUCCGUCGUGUCUCCUAAGAACCCCCAGCAGAAGAUCAUCAAAAGGGUGGUCGCCCUGGAGGGAGACUUCAUCAGAACACUGGGAUAUAAAAACCGCUACCUACGCGUCCCUGAAGGCCACCUGUGGAUCGAGGGCGACCACCAUGGACACAGCCUGGACAGCAACAGCUUCGGACCGGUGUCAGUGGGUCUGCUCCAUGGCCACGCCUCUCACAUCAUCUGGCCGCCCAAUCGGUGGCAGCGGAUCCAGCGGUCCCUUCCUGAGGACCGCGGCCCCCUGCUUAGCUCCCACGCUGCGGAGGAAGAGGAGGAGUUCUGAGGAGGACGACUGAUGAAGAGGAUCUUGUGGUCGAACUGAACAGCUGGACUUACUGUCGGGGGGGAGGGCCCCAACAUCCUGUCUGUUAUGGGACGUUACCCUGAACCCAUCCACACGCUGUCUACGGUUACCCGGAGGACCGGACCGAACACAGCAAGAUGCCAGCAGUACACCUGAUUUUACAUGAGGCGGGCCACUUGUAACCACGGCAACCAUUUUCAAUCACUGGCUUUGUUACUUACUUGUUAAUUCCCAUAAUACGGUCUGUUAUUUAUCUAAUGGAUUUAAAUACAAUAUUUUAUUCAAGCAUCAUAUUCUCUUUUAUGAGAAGCUGAGAUGAAUACUAUUAAGUAGGAUGUUGCAAUUCAAUAAUGAAUAUGAAAGUUGAAUGAGUUUCAGAAAUGAACAAACGUUUACAGAAAAACAAA